UAAUUAGCUAGACUACAUGAGGAUGCUUCAGCAGUCGCACUUUGUGCCCUGGUACCUUCCUGUAUUGCAUGCAGUCAAAGCCAGUGUAAAAUCUUGCCAGUUGCUUCGAACUCGCUUGUUUUCAGAGAUGGUGAAAUUGCAUAACUACUCUGCAGCGUUAUGAUGGCUUUGUGGAUGCGACCUGGUAGUAAAGGUUCAUAAGUGCUUCAGAGGUUCACAAAUGCUUCUGAUAUAGGGUAGGAUCAUAUAGUCCACAGCUACCUAUUUCCUCACGGAUCAAGCCUCCUAAGCUAGGCGAUGUUCUGUUGUUUUAUUCUGCCAGCCUGGCUGCAGUUGUGCGCACCUGGUUCAUACGGAUGAAGGAAGAAGAUUCAGAAAGUCUCAGUGCAGCAUUUGCUUCAGUUUCCGAGUUCAUGAAUCGGACCACAAAGGAAUGCGAGAAAUACUAUAGCUCUGUGCCAGCGUGUAGAUGUAAAGAGAAUGAAAUUAAACAUGUCUGCAGAUACCACAGCAGACAAGCAUCAGAAAACCUGUUAAAGGCAAUGGAAAAAGAAAAAAAUAAAACUUCUCCAGUAUCCAGUCCAGCUACAACCCCUCAACAUGGAAGAGAGGCUUCUAAAGAUAUCUACAUUGAAGUAUUCCCUGGCACCUAUUCUGUCACAGCAACCUCGGAGGAUAUGGUGAAACAGACACAUGUGGUAGACAUCACUGCAGGACAAAGUAUUGAUUUAACUUUCAGUCUAUGAUUUGGUCUCUCGGCAAUCAUGGAAUAAACCAAUACUAGAAUCCCCUAACAAAUUAAUGCAAUAAAGUAUGAAUUCCUUCUUGGCACUUUAAAAUGGUCUUCUAUUCUCAGGGCACAUGCUUUGUGAAUUGUGUAUUUGUUGAACAGAAAAGACUAUUACAACCUAUUGUAUAUAUGGACACUAUAUGUAUACAUGUUUGUACACAUGCCUUAAUUCUAAUUGUACAAUUGUAUUACACUGGGUUUUAUAUUGUUUUAAAAUAAAAGAUGCAAAUAAAGGAUAAAAUUUA